AUGCGUCAAUCUUUCGCCCGAGUUCACGAAGACUCCUUUCGCCAAUGUAGCAUGAUGUGCAUUCAUCCAUCCAUCACAUCACCCGCCUUAAACUGUGAAGUUCGAUCUACGUUUGCUAAAGUUUGUCUGGAGAAUCAUAAUAUGACGCGACGUUCAUUGCCACAGCGAUACCAUGAACUUUUGCCGCAGAAUCACCAGUAUUGCUUCAGUGAAAUGCAUAUACUCAACUCUCGCAGUACCGGAGAAGUCCAUUUGCACCGCGUACACCGCCUUGACCGGACCGAAAUCCAAAAACGACCUCAACGUCAACAUCCUCUUCAUUGA